AUGCUACGAUAUGUGACUCUACGGAGUGCUCUCACGCCUGGUCUGCGACAAGCAUGUAUACGAUGCUACAGCAAUAAACGCCCGGGCGUCGAUGUCGAUGAAGAGGAGCUCGUCGUAGCCAGGAAAUGGCUAGCCAACCUCAAUCCAGACACCAUCCCACGUAACAUCUGCGAGAUCUCCUUCAGUCGCAGUAGUGGACCAGGUGGACAAAACGUCAACAAAGUCUCGUCCAAAGCCACCCUCCGCCUCCCAACAGCCACCCUGCUCCCUUUGAUCCCGUCAUUACUUCAUACAUCCAUCUUACAAUCUCGGUACCACGCGGCUAAAACAUCGGCUUUCAUUAUUCAGGCAGACGACUCGCGGAAACAGGGCGAUAAUGUGACGGCCUGCUUCCGUCGACUGCACGAAGUCAUACUCGAAGCUGGGAGAGAAGCAGUGCCGGGUGAGACGACAGUGGAGCAGAGUCAGCGUGUUGAGGUGCUGAAGUCGAAGGAGAAAGCGGGCACGCGGAGGAUGAAGGAGUUUCAGAGUAAGAAGAAGAGUGCUAGGCGAGGUGGUGGUGGGAGGGACGAAUAG